AUGCAAUUUCUAUUUGCAUUUCUGCUUAUAUCAUCCGCUUUAUCGCAAGAACCACCAGGAACAGCUCCGACGGCUGCUGAAAUUUUGGCUGAGAACAUAAAUGGCCAAACCGUUCAUGAAUUCAGAGGAUACUACAAGCGAGAGCACUCUCUAAUCAAGCCUUACACAGGUGAGGUGAAUCUUUUAACACUAUCAAAAACUGUUUUUAUCAGGAUCUGGAGUUGAAAUUCCACAUUGGAACAUUGUGGGUAGUACUUUCAUCACAUCCAAUCAAAUUCGUCUGACUGGUGAUGACCAAAGCAAAGCAGGAGGUCUUUGGAACACGCAGGUUAAUCCUAAUAGUCUCUUUUUUUUCAAACAAAAUUUUAUUUCAGCCUGUUUGGUCCCGUGAUUGGGAGCUUCAAGUUUCGUUCAAAGUAACUGGAAGCACAGGAGAUCUGUUUGGAGAUGGAAUGGCCAUUUGGUACACUUCGGAACCAAAUCAACUUGGACCAGUUUUUGGUGGAAAAGACUAUUUCCGUGGACUUGCAGUAUUCUUGGAUACCUACAGCAAUCACAAUGGCCCUCAUCAGGUUAGUGACAAGAUUUUGAAUACGGGAUGUCUAAAAAAGAACAGUUCGAUUGAUAGAUCAUGGAAAAGUGUAAUACAUAUAAUAUAUCCGCUGACUACUUUUUUGCCAAUUGCAAAAUUUUCCUCGAAGAUGUAACUUUUUAUGCUAAGACUCAAAACUAUUUGUACACAAAAAUUUAGAUGUACGGAAAUGCGACAUCUUGAAUUUUUGGCUUCCAUUUCGAAGUCAGCAAAUUACAAAGCAAGGUUGCUGAGUGUCGUAAGCAGGCUUUCUCGGAAUAUGCGAAUUUUCGGAAAAAUCCGAUGCUAUAUCGGAACCAAAUUUAAAGUUUUGGAAUUUUGAGCGCAAAGAUUUCGAUUUCGAGAGCCCCGGUCGUAAGUUUUCAACGCUCAAGAUAAUGCGUGCAAACAGAAAAAAAGACUAAGAGAUUCUAUUGCGAUUGAAAUCUCUAUUGUAAAAUAUCCAUUGAAAAAAAUAUUGUGGAAAACAAUUCAGCACGGACAUCCCUUCAUUUCCGCAAUGGUAUCUGAUGGAAGUUUACACUACGAUCACGACAAAGAUGGAACUCAUACGCAACUCGGAGGAGAAAAUACUGGAUGCACAGCUAAAUUCCGCAAUAAAGACCAUGACACUCAACUCCUCAUUAGAUAUGUUGGAGACACUCUUUCGGUAAACUGUUUACUAUUGGCUACACACAAUGCAAAUUUCACUUUCAGAUUUUCACGGACAUUGAAAACAAAGGCGUCUGGAAUCUUUGCAUGAGCGUCAACAAUGUUCAACUUCCGACUGGCUACUUUUUCGGUGUUAGCGCAGCUACUGGCGAUUUGUCUGAUGGUCAUGAUGUUGUGUCGGUUAAGAUGUUUGAGCAAGAAUUUGCUCAUGUGGAACGCAUUGGAGAGGUGAGCUGUAAAAUUUCUACAUAACUUUCUACUUGAGUGUUUAAAAAACUCUAGUUUAAAAGAAGCGUCUCAAUAAAAAAUUAGUGCCAAAGCUACUUAUUCCAAUGGAUAGAGCGCCAAAAGUUACACGAGGCUGCAGUAACUCGUUUUUCCCAUAUUCAGGGCCUGAUCUGGUGUCACGAAGCAGUUUUCUAAAUAUGGGUUGUGAGAAAAAGGAUGUGCUCCAACCUGAUGUAAUUUUUGCCGCUCUAUUCAAUGGUAUAAGCAGCUUGAGACCUAACUUUUCAGUGACAGUCCUCCUUUAACGGAUAAUCUUUGUAGUAAUAAAAUCUCAAACUUGUACAGACAGUAACAUUUUCAUCUAAUGAAAACAACUGAAGAUGUUCUGAAUUUUCAAACUGUUAGUUUAUUUCAAAGCUUAUAAUAAUCAAAACCGGUAUAUUACAGGCGGAUCGACGAAAUGUGGUUCCACAUGCUCAGUUCACAGCAUCACCAAGAGAUCACAGUGAUGAUGCAAGACCGUCCAGCCUUGGUUGGGUUGGAACGAUCACAUUGAUUAUUGUUGGAAUUAUCGUUCUUGUUGCCGGUUUGGGAUUCGGCUUUAUAUAUUUCCAAAAAAAGAACGAAAGACAAAGAAAACGAUUUUACUAACCUGUCUGAGAUAUCUUUGUUCAUAUGUCUUGCCUAUAACUAUAACACAUCCAUAUUCCCUACCUUUUUCAUUAUAUAUGGGACAAUUUGUGAUUAAAUUGUAUGUGUCUUAUUCAUUUUUGAAAACAGCAAUAGGUAAUCGAAAUCAUCGGGUUGUUAGUAUUAUUUGUUGUUUUUUGCUUUUUCGAAUCAAUCAUUUUCAUUCUCAAUAAAAGCUUUCACGUAGGCGGACAGAGGAGAAUGCAAUUCAAUUAGGAAAACAGUAUAAAAUGGAAAGCACUAAGGAAAAACUCGUUCUGCAAUCUGAAUGAAGCAUCAUAUUAUUGUGAUUCUUUUCUCUCUGGCAGUUGCGCUGCAAGCCGUGAGUUUCGACGUGCGUUUCAAAAGUUUAUAGGAACAAACUCGUUCCAGGAAGUUUCUUCGUCAAGAAUUUUCAAAGAACGAGUUCGCACACAAGAUCAAAAUAAUGAGAGUUCCUCAAAAGAUGACGGAGUUGUGGGAAGCAUGGAUUCUCUGGUCGCCCUUGCUAGAGUGCAGAAAGAUCAAGGUGAGCUCUUUUUUGGCUCACAUUGGUAUUUAAAUAUAUGUCUGAAGGUUUACUAAUCAAACCUGAAAUGACAAUCUGAAUAAAAACUCCUAGAAAAUUUGCAACUAUAAUGAUUCAGCGAUUCACUAAAAAUAAAGUUUGUAUUAGUCUUUCAUUAUUUUUCAUUUAUGUACUUCAAAAAUUUAGAAAGUGGCUUCACCGUUUUUUUAUAGUUGACAUAAUAAUUUCUGACAAACAACCUAAGAUCUGAAUCCCUUUUCUGAAGCAAACAGAUUUUAUUGCAGCCGAAACAUUCCGUCUAUGGUCCAGUCAAUUCCAAGUAUUCAAAAACAACGUUAUGAGGUUCAUGGAUGAGACAAGUGAUGUUCUUCAGAAAAAUGAUAAGAAAAUCAAAACUCUGCAACGCGUAGUCAGAAAAAUUGCAAAAGACAUUGAUGAAUGAACUGUCAUCUUUACCAUACAUUUUUAAAAUAAACUUCACGAAUUAUUAUCUUGCACUGAGAAAGUUUGAAAUUCUUUUCAAUCGGAGGCACUUUACACGAUUGUCUGUGUUGAUAACAACGAUCCUGAAUGAUGGCACUUAUCUUGAUUGGCCUAUUUUCCUUGCCCUCAAUUUUCCCUCCUUUGCUGACGACCAUUCUUCUUUCCUCAUUCUCCUAUUGCCCACGCAGCACGGCCACCACUCGGCACAAGGUCAGCCGCCAGUCGAACAUUGCAAACUUGUAUUUGUGCGAAACAUCCGGAUGAAAUGGCUGAACAGUAAGAUCUGCGUCUGUUGUUGAUUUUCAUCACAAAUUUUCAGUUCGCAAUGUAAAUGCAAUCGCUGGGUAAUCAGCUUGCAAGCUUCUUUUGAAAGAGAUGAUGUGAGGCGAAAUUUUUUUUCAACAUAUACAUCCCAUAUCUUGUUUUACAGUUUCAAAAACUGUUUCGCAAGGCCGUGCAAUGCAUAAGCGAAGAAGAAUUUCAAAAAAUUCCCGAAAUGCGUCAUCGUGAGGAUGCGCUACUUAGCUUGUUUUCGCGUCUUUUGUAUCGUUAUGCUGCUCAGAAGUUCACUGGAGAGCCAUGGAAAAACAUCAAGUUUGAACGGACAGAGAAGGGAAAACCAUAUCUGGUUUCACCGGCCGACACUAAGUUUGGAUUGAAUACUUCGCAUCAGGUAUGCUAUCGUGUCUGUCUUUUUUCUAUAGAUUCGUACAGGGAGACUACGUUGCCUUUGCCAGCAGCUGCUCUUCUCACGUUGGAGUUGAUAUUAUGCGAUUGGAUACUCAAAGUAAUCAAUCAUUUUAAUGAUCCAUGAUAGCCUACUCAUUGCAGGAAACAACAAAACCGCAGACGAAUAUAUCAACUCAAUGGCCAAAUCUGCUUCCCCGGAAGAGCUUCGAAUGAUGCGAUCUCAGCCAACCGAAGCCAUGAAGAUGACUAUGUUUUAUCGUUACUGGUGUCUCAAAGAAGCUAUACUGAAGGCCACUGGAGUGGGAAUCACCAACACUCUCAACAGCCUUGAUUUUCGCGUAAACUUGCAAGAUCGCUAUCGUCCCGGUAUUGAUAAAGGUCAUAUUUGUACACUGAACAGAUUUUCAGGUUCAUUUGUUACCUCUACUACUGUCCUGGAAGAUGGAAAACUUUUGGAUCAAUGGGUAUUCGAAGAGACAUUUGUUGACGGAAAACAUUCAGCUGCCGUCUGCAAAGAGGUAGUUGUAUCUACAAUAAUGACGUUAAUGAAAAACACGAUUUCUGAUAUAUGUCCUCUAAGUAACAAGAGUCUUGUCAUCUGCUCGGGCCAUUUGCUCACGGUUUCCUAUCACAUUGCAGGAACUCUCUGAAGAACACCUCAGCGCGAGUUCGGUUCCUUGAGUACACAAAGUAUUCGUCGUUUUGCGCCGAGCGCCGCCGAAAAAGGGUAGAAAAAUAAAAGCCGAGGGCAGACGUUCGUUUCGUGAUCUGGUCAGUUUGCAGUGUCAAGGCCACCCAGUGUACUGGAUAUAGAUGAGAAAUUUAUUUGCGCUCCUCAUCAGGAAGAAAAGGAGAACGUGAACAAAGCAAUAGACUUUGUCUAGUGUGACUCUUUGCAAACAGCAAACUUGAAAAACCAAAACAAUAACGUACCGUUUAUUGGACUAGUGAACUGAGAAAUGUUAACUAAAAAAUAGAAGCAAUCUUUACAGAAAAAACUACCAAGAGAAUGUGUCUUCAGGCAGGACCCAGAAGCGAAAAUAUUUUUCAGCAAGGUAACACUAACAUAUAUACGAUUAAAUCUGCUUAAAUUCGCUUGCAGAUAACAUUUGAUUCUCUUCUCGAACACGCAGAAAUUAUAAAUGUUUUGCCGAAUGAUGCUGCAGAUGUCUUCAAGGAGUUCAUGGAAAAACCAAGAAAACUUUUCUAA